AUGACCGGACAGGUUGUACAGCUUGACCUCCACUACCCUUAUCCAUAUGAUGUUGAAGAUCCCGAACGUCGUCCAAAUAGAAGUGAGGUAAGUUCUUCACUACUUCACUUGAGACAUUUGCAUUAUCUAGAUUUGAGCAUGAACAAUUUUAGUGGCGCCCCGAUCCCUGACUUCAUUGGAUCUCUUGCCAAUUUAGAGUAUCUAAACCUCUCCAAUGCUGAGUUUGGUGGAACAAUCCCUCACCAACUGGGGAACCUCUCAAACUUACUCCGUCUUGAUCUCGCUUCAAGCAAUUGGUACUCUUUGGAUGUUAACAACCUUGGCUGGUUAGCUCAGAUCCGUUUCUUGCAGCAUCUUGACAUGAGUUAUGUCGACCUCUCAAAAGCAUCCAAUUGGAUUCAUGUGAUCAAUAUGCUCCCUUCUCUUUCUGUCCUGCGUCUGUCUUCUGCAACUCUUUCUAUCCUUCCCUCUACACUACCUCAUGUUAAUUUCACUUCUCUUACUACACUUGAUCUAUCUGUGAACAACUUUGCAUCAACCAUACCUGGUUGGUUGUUCAAUCUUAGCAACCUUGAACAACUUGAUCUUGGGUUCAAUCAAUUCCAAGGCAAUAUACCUCUUGCCGUUGGGAAUCUCAAGAAGCUUCAGGACUCGGAUCUCUCAGCUAAUAGCUUCAGUGGAGACAUCCCAGAAACGGUGUGGAGUCUGAAGAGAUUGCGGUCAAUAGAUUUGUUUAGGAACACAAUCAGUGGGGGUAUAUCAGAAACUGUGGGAAAUCUCAAAAGCUUGGAAUCCUGGGACCUCAGCGGAAACAAUAUCAGUGGUGAAAUACCCAAGACCAUUGGGAGGUUGACCAAGUUGCAGAUUUUACAAUUGGAUGACAAUCAAAUUAGUGGAGAGAUACCAAGAACCAUAGGGAAUCUCCGUAAGUUGCACAUGUUAUAUUUAUCAAAUAAUGUUAUCAAUGGGCAGAUACCAGAGACAGUCGGAAAGCUUCAUCACUUGGAAGAGUUAAAUUUGGAUAACAACUCUUUUGCUGGAAUGAUACCUAGAACAUUGGGUAAUCUCUGCAACUUGAGGUACUUUGGUGUUUCUGAGAAUAAUAUAAGUGGAGAGAUUACAGGAUUCAUAGAAGGUUUUUCUAGAUGCAGCACUAAGAGAUUGCAAUCUAUUGGUCUGCAUGACAACAAUCUUAGUGGUGCUUUGCCCAGUCAGAUAGGAGAACUCCAAAGUUUGGAAUAUCUUGAUCUUGGUUUUAAUUCAUUAAACGGUUCAAUUCCUGCAUCAUUGGGGAAGUAA